AUGAAAACCCUAAGAGAAAGUUCUGGAGGUGCACAAAUUUGGGAAAGUUAUGAUCUGUUCAUUCGGGACGACGAAGUUGAUGAUUUUUUAUUGAACACUCGAAAUAAGGGAAUAUUAACAGGUGAAGACAUGAAUUCAAACAAUUAUGAAGUAAUACUUGGUUAUAUUAAAGAGAUUGUUAAUAAUUUCGAGAAGCAGUUUGGUAAAGAAUAUGGGAAAAAGUCUAGCUCAAAGAAGGUUGAAAAGUUGAAGAUAAUGUUGCAAAUUGAAAGGAAGAAGAACUUUUGGUUAAUGAUUGCCCUUAUUGUUAGUUAUUGUUUUCAAACGGUCAAUUUAAUUUUCAACUUUAUUGUUUCAUGGAUGUUUGUAGGUCACUAUAAUGUUGUUAGAUUAUUGUAUCAUGGUUUUAAUGUAAUGUUGUAUACAGAACCUAAUGUUUUCAAUGUAAUGAUAAAGGUUGAAUAA